AGAUUUCUAGAUCUAGAUCUAGAUUAGAAGAUAUCCAGAUCUUAUAGGCCAAGAAGUUAUUGUAGGAAUCUAGAAUCUAGAUAAAAAAUAUUUAUUAAGGAAAAUCUGGAGAAAACUGAAAGGUCAAGCAAAGGCAAUGGAUAGCUGCCAAAUUCUUGCAUUACAGAAUGCCUUACCUGUGCCUCCAGAUGGGCACACUGGAAUGAAUGGAACGACUAUAGACUGCUCAUGUUAUCAUGUAGAAGUUUUGCAGAGUCCGUACAGCACCGUGCGAGCUUGCAUCUUAAAAGACAAAAUCAAAGCUUUGCUAAUAGCCAAGAAAACGGCUUUUGGUGACUUCACCAUUGAAGAAUUUCCUGAUGAAUUCUUGAAACAAAAUGUGAUAUCGGUCUCAUUGCGAGAUUCUGAGCUUCCAGGAGUGGAAAAGAAGGUGAUUGAUCUGACCUCUUGUGAGCUUCAAAUUCACAUUUACCAAGUUCAUACAGAUGGUGCUGGUGCGGAGGAACUGGAUGAGGAAAAUUUAAUAGCAGCUAAUCAUUGGCUGUUGCCUUCCUCCGACUUCCAGGGCAUGUGGGAAAGUUUGGUGUAUGAUGAACCAAUCAAGACUCGGUUAUUAAACUAUGCCAGUACAACGUUACUCUUCUCAGACAAGAAUGUAGACAGCAACAUCAUCUCAUGGAACAGAGUUGUCCUUUUGCACGGACCACCUGGCACAGGCAAGACAUCGCUGUGCAAAGCCCUGGCCCAGAAGCUGUGUAUCCGCUUCUCCGACCACUACAGUCAUGGCCAGUUGGUAGAGAUUAACAGCCACAGUCUUUUCUCUAAGUGGUUCUCCGAGAGUGGUAAGCUGGUCAUGAAGAUGUUUCAGAGGAUCCAAGAGCUGAUGGAUGACCCGAAAGCUCUAGUCUGCAUCCUCAUUGAUGAAGUGGAAAGUUUGUCUGCAGCCAGGAAAAGCUCCAUGAAUGGCGUCGAGCCUUCAGACGCCAUUAGAGUCGUGAAUGCUCUUCUUACGCAACUGGAUCAAAUAAAAAAGUACCCCAAUGUCCUCAUACUGACAACAUCCAACAUAACUGGGGCAAUAGAUCUCGCCUUUGUUGAUCGUGCAGAUAUCAAACAGUACAUCGGGCCUCCUUCCACUAGAGCGAUUUACUCCAUCUAUUUGUCCUGUAUGAAGGAACUCACUAAGCGUGGUGUGAUCAGCCCUACUCAUCAACUCCUUGACAUUCGAGCUCUGGAGGUCACCCGCUUUAUUGAAAACAGUGCCACUGUCUACAGCUUGAAGCUGUACAACAUUGCCAGUAAGAGUCAAGGAUUGAGCGGCCGUACUUUGAGGAAGCUUCCUUUUAUGGCCCAUGCACUGUUUUUAAGAGGUAGCCCAGUGACGCUUGAGGAAUACUUGGAAGCUAUGUCCAGAACAGUUGACCACCAGUUCAAAGAACGAGAGGACUUCAAAGACCAUUGAGCCGAAACUAAAGUUACUUAGAGUUUGGGAGAGCGUUUGUGGCUUGUGUGUAACUUAUGCAAGAUGGGUGUAAAUGUGAAUUUCAACAUCACUGCUAUGGGGGAUCGCAAUUUAAAAAAAAA